AUGGCACCUCUCACAACUAUCCUGACGACCCUCCUGGGCGUUGAGCACCCCAUCAUGUUAGCGGGAAUGGAUCAAGUAGCUGGUCCUAAACUGGCGGCUGCUGUGACUGCUGCUGGUGGUUUCGGAACUGUUGGAGGAGCCCGUUAUACGCCCAAAAUGCUCAGAGACAUGCUCGGCGAAUUGAAAGAAGAGUUGAAGGCGAGAGGCUGCGAGAACGCACCGUUCGGCGUCGAUUUAUUGCUACCUCAGGUCGGUGGCAAUGCUCGGAAAACCAACUAUGACUACACCCACGGCACACUUGGAGAGCUCAUUGAUAUUGUCAUCGAAUAUGGCGCCACUCUUUUCGUCUCAGCCGUCGGAGUCCCCGAGCCCUGGGUAAUCGAGAAGCUCCACAAGGCCAACAUCCUAGUCAUGAACAUGGUUGGACAUCCAAAGCACGUUCACAAGGCGUGUCAGGCAGGUGUCGAUUUGAUCUGCUGUCAAGGUGGCGAGGCCGGAGGCCACACGGGAGAUAUCCCAAGCAUGGUCCUCACCCCAGCAUGCGCCAACAUCUGUGCGCAGUACACAUCCCCGUUGACCAAGAAGCCCGUGACACUUGUCGCGGCAGGCGGGAUCAACGAUGGAAGAAGUGUGGCCGCAGCACUCAUGCUUGGGGCGUCUGGUGUCUGGGUCGGAACUCGUUUCAUUCCGUCCGUGGAAUCCAAAGCUCCUGAUGUGUUCAAAAAGCAGGUCAUAGCUGCUGGGUACGACGAUUGGGUCAAAUUGACAGUCUGGUCCGGAAGGCCACUACGAGCCUUGAGGACUCCUUACUUGACGGACUGGGAGCUGAAUCGACAAGCUGAGAUCAAGGAUCUGACGUCAAGAGGUAUAGUGCCUCUGGUGCACGAGUUGGACAAGUUACACGAGUCCGGAAAGCUGACCGAUGAGAUCGAGGACGGUGCGGCCAUGAGACCGGCCGGCAUCGUGGCUGGUGCUGUGAAUAGGGCCGGCCAGACUGCAGCGGAGAUUGUGAAAGAAAUGGUGGAAGAGGCGAGCAGUACUCUUGACCAGGCGAAACGGAUUACGCAAGGCUCGAAGCYGUAG